AGUUGACUAUGUAGAUGCUCAAUUUGAGGCCUAUCUUCAAGAAGAAUUGAAAAUUAAACGUUCCUUCAUUGACUACCAUGAUUCCCGUAUACAUGUGUGUCUUUACUUCAUUUCACCUACAGGACAUUCCCUGAAGUCCCUUGAUCUAUUAACUAUGAAGAACAUUGACAGUAAGGUGAACAUUGUACCAUUGAUUGCCAAAGCAGAUACAAUUUCUAAAAAUGAUUUACAGAAAUUCAAGUGUAAAAUAAUGAGUGAAUUGGUUAGCAAUGGCAUCCAGAUAUAUCAAUUUCCAACACAUGAUGAAACUACUGCUCAGGUGAACUCCUCAAUGAAUGGACAACUACCUUUUGCUGUAGUAGGGAGUAUGGAUGAAGUUAAAGUUGGAAAAAGAAUGGUCAGAGGCCGUCAGUACCCUUGGGGAGUUCUACAAGUGGAAAAUGAAAAUCACUGUGAUUUUGUCAAGCUCAGGGAUAUGCUUCUUUGUAUAAAUAUGGAAGAUCUGAAAGAACAAACCCACAUUCAGCAUUAUGAACGCUAUAGGUGCUGCAGACUGAAGAAAAUGGGCUUUACUGAUGUGGGUCCAGACAACAAGCCACUUAGUUUUCAAGAGAUCUAUGAAGCCAAAAGACAGAAGUUCUAUGAUCAAUGUCAGAGGGAAGAAGAAGAACUGAAACAAAAAUUUAUGCAGCGAGUAAAGGAGAAAGAAACAACAUUUAAAGAAUCUGAAAAAGAGCUACAGGAAAAGUUUGAGCAUCUUAAAAGAGUCCAGCAAGAAGAGACAAUGAAACUUGAGGAGGAGAGAAGACAAUUGGAAGAAGAAAUAAUAGAUUUUUAUAAAAUGAAGGCUGUUUCUGAAACAUUACAGACUCAAGUGUGCACCAAUAUAAAGAAGGAAAAAGAGCGUAAGAAGUAGUCCUCUCUUACACUUCUGUGUACUGUAGAACCUAUCACUCUCAAUUCUGUCUUCUGGUGAGAUGAUCUUUACAGUACUUAACUGUACUAGUUUUAAAAUUUGUUUUAUUAUUGUAUAUGUUCACCAACUAGAAUGUUAACUCCUCAAGAGCAGGUACCUUGACCACCUUGUUAGAUUCUGUAUCCUCAAUGUUUCUA